CGGACAAGCUCUCCUGUUGCAAACCAGCAGUCUAUCGUGAAGAACGACACAGUCACCACUGUCCACCUCUUCCUUCACUGUGUCACAGUCACCAUUGUAGACGAGUCAAAACCUUGUCGUGUUGUCCAGGAGUUGGUCUCGAGUCUCGACCAUCCGGCAACCAACUCACCGAGAGCCCGAGACCACUUUCUUCAAGUUCCGGGUAGUCCGAAGGAGUCGACGGACGGAAGGAAGGGAGGGAGAAAGAGUUGGACAGCGUAGGGCCCGUCGAGUAGAUCGUGAUGUGCCAUCACCCCAUUAAAACAGCGCUUGCGAAUGACGGAUUCCGUGCAGUGUGACAGCGGGACGCCUUUCUCAAGCUUGCUCCAAGCUUCAUAGAGGUAAGGGGAGUGUGAACUUUGCAGCAAAACUUGCCAUCUCAGAUGGCCGACUUUCCAAAUAUUUACCCAUCCCUCGCGAUUCCUAAAUAGUUCGUUGCUGAUGAGAACGGCCCCUCCCUCUUUCCAGUGGUCUUGUUCCUCUCGCUCUGUUCAGCUUCUGCUUCUACUACUCCACAUCCUCUACACGUUCACGCCAACUUCUAAACGAAUCUUUUUCUGCCUCUUCUGUUCUCAGCUUCCUCUCUCUUUCCCGUCUCUGAAGUCUCUCUGAAUUUAGCGUCCUCUGCGCGGCUUCCCCUUUGUCAACCGGGAGGGUUGAGCGCGAAUUGGUGCCGCUUCCUCCUGAAAGUGUUCGUCAGAAACAACCGUGUUUAAUUUUCCUCAGGAUGGGUCGUAAAUUCUGCUGCAAAUCUGGCGCCUAUUCCUGGUUCAUCUCCUGCAAUGGUGCCUAGAUUGAACGACGAACUUCAGUCAUAACUUUCGCUUGGCCGUGAUAGCAGCCUUCUUUUCAGAAUUUGCAGCUUCGUAUCGGAAUCGCAUGAUGUGCUGGUGGACGGUGGCGAGCCAGCAAGGGAGAUGACUCUACUCAAACUGAUUGCAUGUACUCUCCUGACAGUCCUGUUACUAGUAAGUUUCAGCGAUUGUGCUGACAUAUGCUCGUGGGAGACUUCUUCUAAUUCAAAAAGCUACAGUUUCAAUCUCAUCACCUCUGUCGGGCAUAAUCAUGGAUUACGAAGCGAGGACGGAUUUUACAAGAUUUCGGAGAAGGAAGCAGAUGGGAGUGUGACAAUAUUUUGGUUUCAGCCUUGCGAGCAUAUGAAGUUUAAUUACGAUGCACCAAUGUGCGACAACUGUGAGUCUUGCGGGGGCCCGUUGCACUGUGGAGAAACUUGUUCAGCCCUUUUAUCGACGUCGACUGGUGGAUUUCCUACUUGUACCACUCUUGGAUUUGCAUCCAAUCAGUCCUACUCUUUGAUAAAUCCCGAUAAACCCGAAGUUGGUGUGACUGUAAGGAUGAUUGCAGUUUCAACCAAGAAAAGCUGUUCUCUUUCCAUAGCUGUUUACUGCAGCUUAAAGAAUGAAGAGUUACCCUCAGUCAUUACCAAGGAUGCACCAGGAAAAUGCGACUAUACGACGAGCAUCCAUCAUUCGGCUGGCUGCCCAAUCGUGACAUCUGUGAAGGGAGGCGGUAUGGGUUGGUUUGGCACUUUGUUGAUAGUGCUACUUUGUGGACUGAUAGUCUAUUUUGCUGUUGGGAUUGCGUACCGAAUGACAGUCCUUGGUGUAAGUGGUUUGGAGGCCUUUCCCCAUCUGGACUUCUGGAAAGCUCUUCCUCACAAUAUUCAGUUGGGUUUUGAGGCCGUACAGUCUUUCGUAACGACUUGCUAUCGUCGAUUUACGGAGCCUACAUACACGCGUCAAUGAGUAAGCACUGCAACAGGAAAUGCCGUGGUCUCUGCAUAGCUUGUUCUACUUUCCUUGCUUCAAAAUUCUCGGACACUGUCACCAUUUUGUUAAAAUGGCUUCCAAUCUGCAAGGUUCCUCAUUCAGAAGCCUACGAAGUGAAAGUGUUGAAUGUUUGUUCUCAAUAUACACAGUCGUGCCGUUCAAAGGCAUGUUUCAGGCCACGUUUGUGAUGACAGGGCUCUUUCCUGAUUUCCCUGGUUGCCUUGACGUGCUCAUCAACUUUUUUUCAAGGCCGUUUUCAAGAAAUAUUCAUUGUCACUUCGAUCGAAGAGUUUCAAUGUAACGAAACUUCGAACCCCAUCUCAUUUCAUAAAUACAAAACUUACUCCUUAUCUCUUUAAGGUUGACCGUCUGCUUUGAAGAUGCAUUUUCUUCUUAGCAAGGCUUUUGGUCAAAUUCAAGGAGAAAUCACUGAAACAUGUUGAAAAGGGUUGCCCAGAAAUAAGUUCUUCCGUCUUUUAUCAAAAUGUGCCUAGUACGUUGAGAGUUGCUCACAAUUUCAAUCUCACUUA